UAAUAUAAAAAAUAAAUACGACCCCGCCCACUUGUUGAAUCAACUCACCACCCCCCACCAUAGCCACCCGGCAAGUGGCAGGUCUCUCCGUUUGGUUAGCUUUUUUUCUCAAUUGUGAUUCCCACAAAAUCGGAGGAUUAUCAUUUAUCAAAUUGUAAUUAUUUUACAAAUUUAUGCGCCAAGUUCAUGUUAUGGAAUUUUCAAUGGACGCCAAAAAAACUAAAAGGCACAAAUCAAAACGUAAAUGAGGCACAUGUGAAUGAGUCUACAACAGUUGUUGUUGCCAGUGGCUCAUCAACACCAACAACAGCAACUGUUGCCGCCGCCGCCGCUGCUGCUGCUGGUGGUGGGGGAGUAGGAGCAGCUGCAGCUGGUGUGGGUGGCAGCGGCACGCCCACUAAAAGUCCACAACGUAGUAUCUAUACAAUCGAAGAUGCCUAUCAAUCUAGUUUGCCAGGUAUUGGCGAUAUCGCUUACGAUAAUCAGUCCAGUACUGAUUUCCAAUUAUUGGACUUGAAUCACAGUCAUCAGUACCAGCAGCAACGUCAUGGUGGCUCCUCGACACCAAAACGAAAUGGCAAUAGUGGUACGACAUCGCCCAUAAAUUAUCAAUUACCUGGCGAUGAGUAUCCUGAAUAUGAGUCACAACAACAACAGCAACAACAGCAGCAGCAGCAACAACAACAACAGCAACAACAUCUGCCAGUGACCAAUUUAGAGCAAUUGGUCAGCAGUAUAGGUCCAUCAGCGUCGCCAUCGAUAACCUAUUCGGCUCCAGUGAAUCGCCAAAGUUAUAAUUCUCCACCCGCAUUGGUAAUACCACAACGUCAAUCACUUUUACCGUGGGGCUCGCAUUCACGCAGUUCGAUCAUCAACGUCCUGCCCAGCUACACUCAGGCGGAAAUGCACGCUCUGGCCGCCAGUGUGGCCAGCAGCAUGGAGCUAACAGCAGCCCCCCGACCCGGUGAGAUUGUAAUGCGUAAUCUAUUCAGUGAUUUCACCAAUCAAGCUGAAAAGAAAAUCGAAUUGGUCAUGCUGGAGAGUUCGGAUAAGAAUCUCUCCAAGCUGUUGCAACGGGGCGAGGAUCAGCAAUUCGAUCAAUUGCUCUCCGCUCUGGGAUCCGUGGCAGAGCAUUGUUUACCCUCGCUGUUGCACACUCUCUUGGCUUGGCAUCGUCGCCAGCUCUCCGAUAUGGAGAUUAAGAAUGAUCUCAAGAAGCCAUCGCAUGGAGGCACGGGUGGUGCUUCCGGAUCGAGUGGUGGCAACAAUUCUCAAGGCAAUUCGAAUAACCAGAACAAACCACCGGCCGGAGAUUUGGAUUUUCAACUACAGCGACGCGAGGCCGCUGUGGAAUUCAUUUUCUGCUUGGCCCUCAUCGAGAUACUCAAGCAAUUGCCCUUCCAUCCCGGCCAUGAGGAUCUUGUGCGAAGCAUUGAAAACUUGGCCUUCAAGCAUUUCAAAUACAAAGAUGGCCUACAGAAUAAUCCAAAUGCCCACAACAUCCAUAUGAUAGCCGAUCUCUAUGCCGAAGUGAUUGGUGUCCUGGCCCAAAGUCGUUUCGCUUCGGUGCGUAAGCGUUUCAUGAGCGAACUGAAAGAGUUGCGCGCCAAAGAGGCAUCACCGAUGACCACGCAAAGCAUCAUUAGUCUUCUGAUGGGUAUGAAAUUCUUUCGAGUCAAAAUGGUGCCCAUUGAGGAAUUUGAGGCUUCGUUUCAAUUUAUGCAUGAAUGUGGCCAAUAUUUCCAAGAGGUCAAGGAUAAGGAUAUUAAGCAUGCCUUGGCUGGCCUAUUCGUGGAAAUCUUAGUGCCAGUGGCAGCGGCUGUGAAAAAUGAGGUUAAUGUUCCUUGUGUUAAGAAUUUUGUGGAAUUGCUGUAUAUGCAGACCUUGGAUGCGUCCACAAAAUCGAAACAUCGUUUGGCUCUCUUCCCUUUGGUCACCUGUCUGUUUUGUGUGUCACAAAAAACAUUUUUCUUAAGCAAUUGGCAUUGCUUUUUGGCCAUGUGUUUGAGUAAUCUAAAGAAUCGUGAUGCCAAAAUGAGUCGAGUGGCCUUGGAGUCGCUAUAUCGCCUGCUCUGGGUCUAUAUGAUACGCAUUAAAUGUGAAUCGAAUUCGGCCACUCAUUCACGUCUCCAGAGUAUUGUAAAUUCUCUAUUUCCCAAAGGAUCGAAGGGCGUGGUGCCGCGUGAUACUCCGCUAAAUAUCUUUGUGAAAAUCAUACAAUUUAUUGCCCAAGAGCGUUUGGAUUUCGCUAUGCGAGAGAUUGUAUACGAUUUGCUAUGUGUGGGUCGUUCGAUUAAAUUGAUAUUGAAUCCGGAACGCAUGAGCAUUGGUCUGAGAGCCUUUCUAGUGGUAGCCGAUUCGCUGCAGCAGAAGGAUGGAGAACCGCCAAUGCCGAGAACGGUGCCGGUUCUGCCAUCGGGCAAUACGUUACGCGUGAAGAAGACCUACAUCAAUAAGAUGUUAACCGACGAUACCGCCCGAAGUAUUGGCAUGUCGACAUAUUUUCCACAUGUUCGUAGGGUUUUUGUUGAUAUACUGAGAGCAUUGGAUGUCCAUUAUGGCCGGCCAUUGAUGAUGACCAAUCAACAGAAUCAGAAUAAGGAGCCAGAUGAGAUGCUAUCCGGGGAGAGGAAGCCACGUAUUGAUCUCUUUCGUACAUGUGUCGCUGCCGUGCCACGUUUAAUACCCGAUACAAUGACUGCCCAAGAGCUGGUCGAUCUAUUGUCGCGCCUAACUGUCCAUAUGGAUGAGGAAUUGCGCAUAUUGACGCAUCAAUCGCUGCAGACGCUGGUCAUUGAUUUUCCGGAUUGGCGUCAGGAUGUUGUGCACGGUUACACACAGUUUCUAGUGCGCGAUGUCACCGACACCUAUCCGCAAUUAUUGGAGAAUUGUACGCGUAUAUUGUUUGUAUUUUUAAAUAUAUGGCGCUGUGCGAUUAAUGUGAAUGUGAAUGUAAAUGCAACAAAUGGUGGCACGGCGGCAAAUAGUGGCAAUAAUGCUGGAGCAGGAGGAACAGGCGGAGUACCAGCAGCAGCAGCACCUGGAGUGGCUGCCACAGCAACUGGAACAACUGGUGGAACUGUAGCUAAUCAAACAGUGAAACAAACAACAACAACAACAGGACCAGCUGUUGCUGCACCAAUUACUGCAAUUCCAGUGACUCUAGCCACCAGUAAGGAUACAUCCAAUUCCAGCCAGUUGUCCAAACAGCAGCAUCUAAAUACAGCCAGCAGUGCUGCCUCUAGUAUUACCACAUCCAGUGGCAUGUCUAGCAUUAGCACACAGCAUACCGUAUUGAAUAUGACCUCAGAUGGCCUGGCCAAAAAGAAUGAGAUACCCUUGGCCACCACAUUGCAUUUUGUUGAGGGAUUUGCCCUAGUCUUGCUAUGCAAUUAUCGUCCAUAUCUACGUAAAUUGGCCGCCAUGAUACUUAAAGAGGUCAAGAAUUUGAUGCGAGCUCUGGGCAUACCAGAGACAGAGCCGCCCCUAAUCGAUGUCAUGGAUCGUUGUGUGCCGCAGAUAAUAGAGAAAGGUUUCCUAUUCCUUCCGCAGACCGAGAAGCAAGCGGUCCUAAAUGCCAAUUGCAUUGAUUUGCAAUGGAUAGCUGAGCGUUCCACAAGCACAUGGCUGAUAGGAGUCUGUGAUGAUAACUCCAAGUCAUCGACUUCCACUUUGAAUCUGUCACAAACUAGCUCAGCAUCUAAUGCCAAUGCCAAUGCCAAUGCCAAUGCCAAUGCUAAUGUCAGUGGUGCGGCAUCACAACCGCCAUUCGAUGCUUGGGCUUAUUGUUUAUUUGGUCUAUUGGAACGUCAGCGUGUCUUGCAGCAAUGUCCUUCCGCUGUGGCCCAGGCAUGGCCUAUUUGUUAUGCUCGCUUAAAUGCUUUAUAUAGUGUGAUAGAUCCCACCCCCGUUAGCGAUAAUCGCGCCUCAUUGUUACGCAGUUCAGCACCCACCAAAAAGAUGCCCACCGAAAGUCAAAAGAAUUCCUAUUUACGUUUAUGGCGCAAUCAGGUGGCCUGUGCCAUGCGUUUAGUACCGCAAAUACCAAGUGUGGCAGUGCGUUGUGCCUCACCCGAUUUGAGUUUAAGUUUACAAGAUCAAUCGGACUCACGUUCGCUAUCCGAUUCUUUGGACAAUAUACCAUCCAAUGUCUUUGGGCCCGAGGGAAUUGUCACACGAUUCACAUUGCCGCUUUCCUAUGGACGCAAAGAGGCGCGACAAAAGCGACUUGGCUCAUCACCCGAUUCCCUGAAUGCCGAUCGUAGUGACAAAUCAGCAAUGGGCAGUGCCUCCCCGCAGGCUCUAUAUAAGUUGGUUGUGCCCCUGCUGCGAUGUGAAGUUGUUGAUGUACGGGAUGCGGCUGUCAAUUCCUUGGGCAUGAUAAACCAUGAUGCGCUCAAAGAUUUAAUGGAGGAGCUUGUUGUCUAUAUACGUGAAGCUGUGGAUCGCAAACAGGAAAAUAUGCGACGACGACGACGACGGGAUGCUUUGCGCUUGCAAGUGGUUAGGGUUCUCGAAAAGAUAGCCGAAAAUGGUACAUUCGGUGUGAGCACUUGUGUUUUGGAACGUGAUACAAUGUCCUUGCAUCCGACAUUUGUGGAAUAUAUUGAGGGUGCCAUGGUCUAUUUGCAGGCUGAAACGGAUAAGGAUAAUCUCAGUAUACGGGAGGUAAAGGCUCAUUUUUGCAAUUUCAUAAGGAAAAUGAUUAAAAACUUUUCAUUGGAAUCCUGUGCCACGUUGCUGUCGCGAGAAUUAAAGCGUAAUCUAUUCAAUUUGUUUGCCACAUGGUGUGGCAGCUUCUCCAAGCCGUUGAGUAUUAGCUCACAAAUUGGACAAACUCUUGAGGAGGAAAAGUUGCAGUUUAGUGCUUUGCAGGCCAUGUCCGCUUUAUUAUGCUGCGGUCAUAUUUUCUAUGCACAACAUUUGCAGGAUGAUGGCAUUAUCUAUAAAUGGUUGGAUCUCUUGCUAACCUCCAAGGAUGAAAAGAUCUAUCAGCUGGCACGUGAUACAGUUGUUCUAUUGCUUGAAUCCAAUCCGGAUAUGGGACAAUUGUUAGAAUGGGUUAUCGAUCGGUGUUAUACCUCAAGUCCACGUGAAGCGGAUGCUUGCUUCUUGGCUCUAGCCUCGAUCUUCAGUGCCAAGGAAUAUCCUUGCGACCAUUAUACAUCGGUGAUAACUGUAACUCUCCUUAUGACUGGCUGCCCACGCGUUGAAGUCCAUGCCACGGCCUUGCAAUUGCUGCAAAUUCUGGAUAAACGCUUCUUUGGCAGCAUCGUUGGCACUCUCCACAGCGAGAAUGAGAAAGAAGAUGAUAAAGUUGGCACUUUGGAUGUCCUGCUAAGCAGUGCCUAUUGCCGUUCUCAGCGUUUUCUUUCGAAACAAUUGGCUCAGUUGCGUCCCGAAUUGACCAUGUCUAUAUUUUCCGAAAUCACGCAUCGGUUUCAAAGUGCCCGAGAGGAUGUGCGUGCCUUGUUGUUGCAAUGCCUUUUACCUUGGCUACAGAACAUGGAAUUGGUGGCCACCAGUGUACCUCCAGCCACACCUCUUUCAUACAUAAUGUAUUUCCCCGAUUCGGGCACACGAGGACGUCGCGAGGGUACUGGCUCCACAGAGGCUACGGAAAUGAUUCUUAACAAUCUAUUUUAUGUAACAGCCAAGUUCUCUGAUGCCCAUCCUCGUGAUAUUGAGGAAUUGUGGGGCACUUUAUGCCAAUUCUGGCCAAACAAUCUUAAAGUCAUUUUACGCUAUUUGGUCAUAAUGAGUGGUAUGGCACCCACUGAACUUUUGCCUUAUGCCAAGCGUGUGGCACUUUAUCUGGCCCGCAGCUGUCCGGAUCGUUUGUUGGAUGAACUUAUGGCCGAAUUGCAAACGGUGGAAACACUCAAUUGUCUGAUUGAAAGGACUGAGACCCCGCCGUUUUAUCGUCUGACCAGCAUGCGCAAAGCCUCAAGUCAUAGUGCAGAUGGUCAAGUGGUGGGCGGCAUUAAUGACUCGCGUAUUCAGGAUUUGGCUGUGGAAAAGGGAACGAUUCACACAAAACGCCAUAGUGGCGAGGAUCCAAUUAAAAUUGGGACCUGCAAGUCGGACAGCGGUAUUCGUGCCUAUACUCAAGCAGCUGCUGCCGCUGCUGCAGCGGCUGUUACCACACCAAAUACCUCAAAUAUCAGUGGAAGUCGUCCACCCCGUGGCGCUGAUAAAAUUCGAGCUGCCUCUGGACCCUCCAUACUACCAAGACCCGAAGAUAUACUGAUCAAUGAUCCGGAACUAAGGCAAGAGGAGAAUGUCGAAUUACGGGGCGGACAAUCGGAGGCGCCACCAAAUGCACACUUGCAUCCGCUGCCAAUGCCGGAGUAUGGCGGAUAUUUUGCACCACUCACCGAAUUUUUACCAGAUGUCAGUUUGCCCAUUAGUGGAUUUCAUCGGUGCAAUGUGGCCGUUAUGCUGCUGACAGAUAUUGUUGUGGAUGGAAUACCGGGAAUCGAUUGGACCCUGCACUUGCCACUGAUGCUGCACAUACUAUUCCUGGGUCUGGAUCACACGCGACCCAUUGUCCGGGAGCAUUGCAAACAAUUGUGCGUAAAUCUACUCAUUGUUCUGGCCGAGCACAAUGAUCAUUUAACGGUGGCCCGGAUACUGCUGAAUAGUGAGACAAGCAAAUUGGAUUUGGGUCUGACAGUGCCCGCUUUGCCUGUGAUUGAUAAUAAUUUUACCGAAUUGCAUCAACAAUUCGAUAGUUAUCUGCUGCAUGUGAGUCCCCAGGCGGCAGCAGCUGCCUAUGCAUUGCAUCAUAAUCUCUCGAGCUCGACAAUAAUUGCGGGCCAUCACCAGUCGACGAGUCCAGCAACGAAUGUGCAACAGUUGCCGCCUGCCGCUGCCACUGAACAGGUGGGCCCAGGUAAUGGGGCGACAUCGGCCACGCUGGCCGCAACGCCGGCAGCAUUGCAGAUAAAUCCGAAUAAUACAGAGAACUCAGAGGUUCCGCUGAUCCAUGCUGAUGAACAUGCUCCACCGCAACCGGGUCCCACAAUGCCGAUAGCGCAUGUAAUCAAGAGCUUGCUGAAGUUCCUGGCCCAGGAUACUUGCCAGCCAUUGUGGAACUACGAGGAUAUCACAGCCAAGGUGUGGGCUGUCAAGUCGGCCGACCAGUUGAGCUGCUUCCUCAAGCAUAUGGUGAAGGUCUUUUCGGAUAGCUAUCCCCAGGCACGCAUUGCCGAGAGAUGGGCUCAGACAGCAUUGCAAUUGGGUCUCUCGUGCUCCUCCCGUCACUAUGCGGGACGAUGUUUGCAAAUCUUUCGAGCCUUGAAUGUGCCCAUCAAUUCGCGAAUGUUGUCGGAUAUUUUGUCACGUUUGGUCGAGACAGUGGCCGAACAGGGCGAGGAUAUGCAAGGAUAUGUCACCGAGCUGCUGCUCACUCUAGAAGCUGCAGUGGAUAGUCUCGACUCGGAUUUCCGGCCAUUGGAUGUGAUGAAGGACAUCUUCAAAAGUACACCCAAUUUGAAUAAUAAGGAUGGUGGACCAAAUUCCAUAUUACCCGGCAAGAAGUCCCCCUCGGGCAUGACCCCACAAUCGUCAAACUAUUCGAUACCAAGUCACGGACGGAGCACAAGUUAUUCGGUCUCCUAUUGUGGUCGCAAGGCCAACAAUUCGCCCUGCGACAAGCAGGUGGAGCUAAGGAAUCGAGCAUCGGGCAUUGAGCUGGAACGAAGUGUGGUCUGUAAAUUUGCCCCCGGCGGCGGUUCAGCCUUGUCGCGUUCCCGCAGCGCACAGAGCUUGAAAAUGCUGGGCGAUACAGCCACGCAGGACGAUAAGAUGACCAUAUUGGCUCAGCUAUUUUGGUUGUCAGUCUCGUUGCUUGAAUCGGACUAUGAGCAUGAAUUUCUUUUGGCUUUGCGUCUCCUGACACGUGUCCUGCAUCGCCUGCCACUGGAUCGUCCGGAUGCCAGGGAUAAGGUCGAGAAAUUGCAACAGCAACUCAAGUGGUCGGCCUAUCCGGGUGUGCAUGCUCUACUCCUGAAAGGAUGCACCCACAGUUCGACCUAUGAGCCGACAAUAACGCUUCUAUCGCAAUUCGCACCACUGCUCACGCUACCCGUUUGUGAUCCCACCCAGAGUUGUGCCUUUCCCAUGAACGUGAUUGCCCUGCUGCCCUACAUGCUGCUCCAUUACGAGGACGCCAAUGAGAUAUGCAUACGCAGUGCCGAGAAUAUAGCCCAAGUGUCCACCGAGCUGGGUGCCAAACUGGAGAACCUGGGCACAGUGAUGACCCUCUAUAGUCGCAAGACCUUCUGCAAGGAAUCGUUUCAAUGGACCAAAUGUGUGGUGAAGUAUCUGCACGACACUUAUGCCCACAUGGGUCUUCAUAUGCUAGCAUUUCUUAUUGAAGUGCUCGAGAAGGGUCCGCAGCAAGUGCAGGUGCCGGUGCUCAAUGUAAUCCACUGCAUGCUGCACUAUGUUGACCUAUCAGCGCCCCAGGCACAAACGAUCAAUGCCGAUUUAUUGCGAGCCAUAGGCAAAUAUUUAGACACGGUCAACUGGAAGGAUUCAUUGAAGAUUUUGAAACUCAUUGUAACGCGCAGUUCCUCGCUGCAAGUGGUGCCGCCGAGCGACGGCAGCAGCGCUGGCUUAUCGUUCUCUUUCUAUGGCGCAUAUCCGGACUCGGAUAUGUUCUGUAAAAAGGAACUGGCUGGACGCACCAUGGAAUUCACAUUCGAUGUGAGUCAAACCCCAUUGAUUGGACGACGCAUACUCUUGAAAUCGGAUGACCCGUCAUUGGCUGUUAGUGCAAAUGCAUCAAUAACGGGCAGUUCAUCGCUCAAUUCCACACUGACCAAUGCCACGGCAGUGACAAUCGCGCAAAGCUCACAGCAGCAUCAGCAGCAGGCGAAUCUACAUCUACAGCAGCAACGGGCGGCAAUUGCAGCGGCACAGCAACAACAACAACAGCUGCAACAACAUGCCAUUGGAGCCGGCAGCAGUGUCGUUGGUACACCAAAUUCGCCGAGACGUAGUGCAAGUCUCUCGCCAGCCGACACAGUGCCAUUGAGCGGCUGGAAGCGACCAUGGAUGUCCCAGUGUCGUGUGCGUGAGUGCCUGGUCAAUCUGUUGACCACAUGUGGACAGCGUGUUGGUCUACCCAAGUCUCCAUCGGACGAUUUCAUAAACUCAAUUUGCUCAAAGUCGUUGAGCACGUCACUACUACUAAUGGGAUCAAUGGCCACCAGACAAAGCGUUAUCUUCAGUCAAUCUUCGGAUUUAAUGGAACGUCAAUCGUCGGCCGCCUCAUCAACCGAAGAGACAUCCGGGCCACAGGGUGAUCUUAGCAGUGGUUCACGCCGUGAUGAUGGUCAACCCGAUUUCACAGUAUUCAAGGACUUUGAUUUCUUGGAAUAUGAAGAUAGCAUAGCUGGUGAAUCUACCGAUAAUUUCAAUUGGGGUGUACGACGUCAUCAGCUAUUCGAAGGCGAUGAAGAUCGUCUGAAUUGUGGCAGCGGCAUUGGGGGUUCCAUUAAGGGUGGUCACUCCUCGGCCCUGGAGGAUAGUUUCAGCGAUAAGACACCCAUCUUGAGCAAGCGUAAGAGGCAAACGGCCGAUGAUUCAUCGGACGAGGAAGCCGAGUCCGAAUCCCCACUAGAUGAGGACCAUCGGCAAUCAUUCUUAAAGUCCGGUUUCAGUGCAGUGCCGCCAACAUCUUUGAGCCUGCGCGAACGGCGACGUCGCAAUUCGGUCUCCCGCAGCGAUACAAGUGGCUCAAGUGCUGGGGAUUUGGGUGACAUAACGCCAUGCAAUGCCUCACCGCAUUUGCCUGGCAUUAUACGUUUCGGAGCCGCCAUUCACGACGAGGCGGAGGAGAAUUGGCGUCGCCAAUUGCAGGCCAUGCUGGUUAACCAGCCUUCGGCUCACACUUCGGAAUUGCUGCUCCAACUCUAUCGACUGAUCAAAGAGCUAACCUUCAAGACCAUAAGCAUAUCGAAAGAGGCAAAGAAGUUCUUCACUGGCAUCGGGUCCCAGUUGGGCAAUCGCAUAUCAUUAUUCACGGAUUUGCUUAGUUCUCGGGCCGAUCCUCCGAGGGUUUGGUGCAGCGAACAGCAGGCUACCACGCCAAAGCUCUUUGAGACGUUGCGUUUCAAUGUGCUGGAAGUGCAAGAGCAUUUGGAGACCUUCUUCGAUCGCAAGGAUCAAGUGUUGGAGUGUUUGGAUGCUGUAAAGACCAGCUGCAAAUUGUCCCUGUUCAACGAAUCGGAUGUUGCUGCCUCUGGAUUGGAGAUGCCUAGUAGCUCCAGCAUUGCCUAUAUGCCAUUCGAUCCGGCAUCAACUGAGGUCGUCUUGGAUUUGGGACGCUCCUUGUAUAAGCUUAUGUUCCAAUUGCUUCUAUUAAUCGAAUCGAAUCAUAAAAUAUCCUCGAACGUGGUCAAUCAUUUUCGCAUCAAUGAAGACAUGCAUGACAUAUCCGAUCUCUAUGCUUUGGUGCGCGAUGCCUUGGUGCGUUGCAUUAGCGAGGCAGAGCUUGAUUGCCUGGAAUCUUCUACCUCGACAGAGGGCGAGCAUACGCCGACACCAUCACCUGGUUUGCCCAUGACCCAUGAGGAAUUCGAACUCGCUUUGCAUGAGCAUAUCGACCUACAGCGCUGGCCCAGCGCCAUUUCCCAUGUGCGUCAAUAUCGUCGCAUUUCCACCCUGACCUCAAGCGGUGAACAGAGUUUGACCAUAUUUAGCUACAGCAAUCUGGAUAGUCGUUUGAAAUUCGAUGAAAUGUCCAUAAUACUUAAUGCCUAUGCGCAUAGCAUUAUGAAGGAUCGCACAGAAGCUUUCAUCGUCUCCAAAUCGGACUCUGAACUCUUUGAGGUCUAUGCUAUAUUGUCGGAGAAUCUAUAUCAUGUCUCUAGUGCUCUGACAAAUAUGGAAAUCAGCAUGAAGAGUUAUACGGCAGCAGGAGGAGGCGGCACGGCAACAGGCAAUUUGCUACGCAGCGAACAGGAUAUUGUGACAAAUCUCUAGAUCUAAGCAAUAGUUUUAAGAUACUUUUUUUUUAUAUAUAUAUAUAUAUACCUACACAUAUAUAUAUAUGAAAUAAUUGCUAGUAGUUAAGCAAAACAACUUGUAUGCAGCCGAUCAUUAUCUACAAGUGAGAAGAAUGUUAGUUUAGGGUAUCUACUACUUACAUGCGAUCUAAUUGUGUAUUGAUAAAAAUUAAAAAAACAAAAAAAGA